AUGACUCAAGCGGCAGACGGCGCGAUCAUGUCCAUCUCCGGUCGGCAAGAGCCCAUAUUUGCAGUCAAGCUGCUUUUGAAACGGAGUUCGAAUCAUGCUGCAUUUCUCACCUCAACUCUCAAACGGCGACGACGCUCUCCUUUCCAUCUCCGGUCUGCACCUUUUAUUGAAAUCGGGUUAGAAUCAUUGUUUCAUGGAAUCGGGAAAAAUCAAGAAGGGUGCCGGAGGGAGAAAGGGCGGAGGCCCAAAGAAGAAGCCGGUGACCCGGUUAGUCAGAGCCGGUUUUCAAUUCUUGGUUGGAAGAAUUGGACGGUACUUGAAGAAGGGUCGGUAUGCUCAACGGGUCGGUACCGGAGCUUCGGUUUACAUGGCUGCCGUCCUUGA